CAGCCCGACAUCCCUCCUUGCUACCGACUACUACCCUUUUCAUCACGCACGCCUGUAUUUACUGAACCUCUUUCUGAGAAACAAUCAAAUCAUUAGAUUACAUGGUCCUAACCCUAGCCAACCAUGGAACACCCGCCUCCAUCUCAUUACGAUGAGUUAUCCCCUCCUUCCUCGGUAGCGGGCCAGAUCUGGGACAUGGCGCUCACGGACCCCGACUAUGCCUCCCAUAUCCUUGACUCCAACGACACCGCCGCUCCCGUCUCCGCGCGUCUCACAAGACUAGCCCAUCUGGCAUCCCACUUCAAUCCGACCUCCAAAUCCGACUCCAUGACCCUUCACCACUGUCUCGAGACCCUCGAGUCCCUGCUGGACCCACGCCCAGCCUUGACGCAAGAGCUCGCCCGAUGCCGUCCUAUAAGCCAUUCCCGACAGUCCAACUCCAUCGCUUCCAUCUCCACGGCCGACUCCCAAGAUUUGGGUAAUUCUGUCGCUUCGCUCGAAGAGAUGUCACACCCUCCUCUCAAGGAUAUCUUGAGAGAGGUUACGACACUCAAAGUGGAAUUCGACCGUCGUCGCAAGGAGUCGUCCGAGAUAUAUGAGUUGCUCACACGAGAACGCGAAACACUAGCCCGGAAGAUCGGCGAACUAGAUGAUGAAAUUCACGAACUAAAUACAGACAUCCUCGAAGACACCGCUGAGCGGGAAGCGAUCCAAGGCACGAUACGAGGGCUCGAGAGUUGGGUGGAUGAAUGGCACAAACAGCGCCUAUUGAUUGCCGCUAAGAAACAGAGUGCUGCCUCACGGCGAAAUGGCCAACGAAGAUGGACGAAAUGCAAAGUCGAAGAGGUCGAGGGCGACGGCGAAGCCCUGUUUGAAGGAAUAACGGCAUGGAUGCGAGGAUGGAAGGACGUCGAGGAGGUUUUUCGCAUCCGAGAGCAGAAUCGCACUUUGAGAAGGGAAGAAAGACAGAAGACACGGGCAAAAUACGUAUAAAAUGAAUUUUCGGCAGGAAUGGGACGCUGGUCGAUAAGGACGAAGGCGGGAAUGAGAUAUUGUGAUUGGGUAUCAAGCGUAUCAUCCCACACCGCAGCGGAUGAGAAAGCUGCUGAAUCAUUCGCCUGAAGACCGAGCUUAGGGCGAUCACUGAUCGAUCUGUCCGAGAAGAAAUGGUACAGUGCAAGAAAGUAAAGGGCAAAGAGAAAGAAGUCAAUGAAGCCACCGUAACCAUGUAGAGUUGCCAACCACCACCGCGUUUUUCCUGAAGACCCAAGCUGCGCCGUUUAGUAUGGUCUAAUCCAAAAUCAUGAAGGUAGAACUAGAGAUUAUGGUA